UCUGGAUCUCAGUGGAUUCUCUACAUGUCAAGCAAAGCCUCACAAUGCUGCGCUUCCUAAACCCAGGAGCUUAGGAAUUUGCUGUGAUGUGGCUGUUCCCAGAACCCCCUUUUGUCCCUCUUUGGCGGAUCCACUGUGUGAGGCUCUGAUGGACGAGCCUGGCAGGUGGACCAAGUGAGCGACAUCACCUGUUUGGGAAAUCUGUCUUUAGGGAGCUGAGAUCUUGCUCUUCCUUGCACACACACACACACACACACACACACACACACACACACACACACACACACACACACACACACACACACACACACACACACACACACACACACACACACACACACACACACACACACACACACACACACACACACUUGCCUCUCCCUUCCUUGGAUGCUGGUGUGGUGAACAGCAGGAUUCUCUCGGCUGAGCCGCAUGGAGGCGCAGGGAGGGGCUCCCAGCCCAGAGCCUAAUAAAGACAUCCAGAAGCUGCUAAAGCUCUCCAGCUCAGGUGACCUUUCUCAGGAGCUGUUCCAGCAGUACGCUGCAGGCGAGGAAGAGGGGGAGGAAGCUGGCUUUGCAGGACACACCGCCAGCCUUCUGCACAUCUCCGAGAAGAGACAACCUCUGAGCAGUGUGUCAUCUUUAGAAGUCCACUUUGACCUCCUAGACCUCACCGAGCUGACCGACAUGUCGGACCAAGAGCUGGCUGAAGUCUUUGCUGACUCUGAUGAGGAGAACCACAAUGAGUAUCUACCAGGUUCCCAGCAGUCAGCGCUGGCAAAAGGAGGUUACAUGCGUUCCCCUUCGUGGACACGCUGCAGCAAAGUGGAGCACCCCAGGGAAAGGAAGCAUCACAGCGACUCAGACACCACAGAGCCCUUAAUGAAACUGGAAAGGUCAAAACAACCUUGACUUGUGGGGUGUGUGUGUGUGACACAGGUGGAAUGAAGCUCAGAGCAGACAGCCAGCACAAGAGUAGACCACACAGUGUUUUAUGGCGCUGGUGAACAGUUGGGGAGUUCAUGCUGAACUGUGGACACAUUGCUGUAUGUUCUAAAGAUGUGCAGUAAACACACACACACACACACACACACACACACACACACACACACACACACACACUUGCCUUCCAUCUCUGAUUGCACUCUUGAUGAUUUGAAGUUUGGUUUUGAAGUGACAGACAGGGUAGUAAGACAACAUCUUAGUGGAAUCACUGUUAUUUCCCAAUAGCCUCCAUUAUAUUUUCUUUUCCCACAUUUUCCUAACAUCUCGUAAAGUGAUGACUGCCGUUAUUUCUUCUCUAUUCAAGUUGGUCAUCCAUAGCUCCAAAAAAGGCGAGAGGAAAGGAAGUAACUGAGCUAAUGUGAAAUUGCAUGAACGCCAAACACACAAUCAAAGUGCCAAUAGUUGUCAUGAGACAGUCCACUUACUUGAUUUGUUUUGAAUUCAGCUUGUCAAUACCUGGACAGAUAAUCAUCUUGAAUAGGGUGAGUGACUGUAAGAAGGAAAAAAUAAAAGUCUUGGAAAACUGUGCUUCUUUGUUGUGAAAUGCAAUUAGUUAGAGAAAGAUCCAUUAACUAUGACAUGAUUCUUUGGUUGAACUUUUUUAGAUUAGGUACUGUGGUGAAUGCAUAUAUUUUAUAUAGUUAUUUAUUUUUCAAUAGUCAUCUUUAAAGCAGCUAACAUUUUCCCAUGUGUACACUAUGUGCUUGUAUCUUAUGUCCGCUAGUAAACUCUGGGCCUUACCUUGAAGGCGCUGGAAUGUUGGGAGUAUACUGUACUCCCUUUUUACCUUAUCUGUUUAGAACAAUAAGGCUGUAUUUCUUUCGGGGCGGGAGGGGCUGUUUUCGUACUAAAUAAACUGACUCUUUCCAUUUGAUUUUUAGACCGCUUCUAGAUUCCGCCAUUAACGCAUUGUAUGACUGGUCUCCUAAAGCUUUAGUAAAACUUGGCAAUAUUGCUAUUCUGUCUUGAUGGUCCUUCUUACUCAACAUAUGUCAUCCGAAAGAAUUUGGGAUUGACCAGUGACUUUUAUUCCCUGAGAGGAAGACUGGUCUGACGCAACCUU